AUGACGAACACAGAUGGUUCUCCCUUCGACGGCCUUGGCGUCCUCCCGCACACCCCAUUCUACGACGAGUACGAGCACACCGCAGCGCACGCGACCUCCACGCCACUCUCGGGCUCCGCCGCCGACUUUGCCUUCCUCUCCGCGGGCCGCUCCGCAUCGCAUGCCGGGUGGCACUGGGCGGGCGCGCUACGGUGGGAGGAGGAGGAGCCGCAUUUCGCCGACGCGCCGCUGAGUCCCGGCGCACGCUACUGGCGGGACGCGACCGCCGCCGAUUUCCGCCGACGGCUCGAUGAUGCGUUGCGCGGCGCAUCGGCUGACGAGGUGCGCGCGGUCGGCACGCUCAAGAUGGCGCGGCACCGUGAGCGCCGCAGCAAGAUGGCCCAUGAGCGGUAUGGCUUGCCGUGUGCGCCUGCGGUGGACGACGUGUUCUUGUCGGCGGGAUCCGCAUCUGCGGUCAGAAGCGAUGCGUCAACGCCGGACAACUGUGCAACGCCGGUGUCUGAGGAAGAUCAAUGUGCGCGCGCACUACACGAGGGACCGAACCAGAGAACUUGA